AUGUCAUCGAAUAAUGAGGCAAGGCCUUUGCCCAAAUUCGGAGAAUGGGAUGUGAAUGAUCCGGCGACGGCGGAGGGAUUCACCGUUAUAUUUAGUAAAGCCGGAGAGGAUAAAAAAACGGGUCGGAGCUCCAGCAAAGCAACUUCACUGAGGAAACAAGGCGGGGUUAAACCAACGGCCAAGAAAUGGCUCUGUUUUACAUUUUCAUGA